AGGUUCCUCCAAUCAAACGCUAAAUCGUGUGUUUUUGUUUGGGUGCUCCCGUGCUCCGCCAACCCUUUUUCCACACUCCUUGCAGCGCGCAAAGCUCGCUACCUCAUUCUGAAUGUAAUUUGCAUACUGAUUGUCUGAAAAGACGCUCGCAGAGGCGCACAGGUGAAUUCAAUUCAAACAUCCGUAGGGUACACAAGCAAACUGCAGGCGUCGGUUCUCUUUAAGACUUUUUUUUUCUUUUUUUUUUUUACUUUUCAUUAAAAAUAAAAACAAAAACAUUUAAGACAACGAGUUGGAGUUUGCAUUCAGAUUCUAAUAUCGGAAAGGGAGAUUAUAAAAAGGAUAUAGAUAUAUAGUGAUAUAUGUUUUUAUUUUUCCCAAAAUAUGAAAGUUUCAUUGGAUUCACAAACACUUGAAGUUAUGCAGGAAACGUGAGAGCACAGCGGCAGUGGAACUGAACGUUGUCAAGGGAAACUGUUUCAACUGUUUGAAUAAGUACAGGUGAAAGAGAAAAUGUCUGUGUCGCCUCAGGUGGUGUGGCACACAGGUUCUUCUCUGGGUGAAGAUGCUGAGAAGAGUCCAGACCAACCAGAGUGCUCCAUUUGCUUCAACUCCUAUGACAACAUCUUCAAGACCCCCAAAGUCUUGGAGUGUACCCACACCUUCUGCUUGGAGUGCCUCGCCAGGUUGCUGUCGGCCGUGUCUACGGAGCAGAGCACCGGGCACAUCCCCUGCCCUUUCUGCAGGCAUCUCACCACCAUCCCAGAGAAAGGGCCACCGGCGCUCACCACCAGCCAAGAAGUCCUCUGCAAGCUCCCAGCCCACCUUCAGCAGGAGGAGCCGGUCUGGAUGGAAGGAGCCAUGCUGUGCUACAAGAAGUCCCCUGACUCCAGCACCUCUGACUUCUGUAUCUGCAUAGACAUUGGGAUUACAAAGGCAGAGAGCACUGCGGAAACGGCCCCGGCACCCUCUCGUGGCUUCCUGUCACGCUGUGGUUUGCUGAACGACUGGAAGAGGUUGCUCCUCUUCAUCAUACUCAUGAUCAUGCUGGUGUGCAUCAUACUGUGGCCCCUGCAGUGCGUCUUUACUACGGGAAGCCUUAGAUGCUUUAGCAAGUCAAACGCAUCUCUAAAUAGUGUGACAACUAUUCAUCCCACCAGGAACUGAAACCACUGUAGUGCUCAGCCAGUCGGACACUCUGCAUGUGCUUCAAUGCAGUGCACCACUUUAACUUAUGGGAGUGAUUAGAAUAUUUGGUAUGUAAGGUUUAGAAACCUGAAGCUGACCUGAUGCAUUACUUUAUUGAAUGACAGGUUAUUUCCAGCAUGCUAUUUUGUGUGUGUCUGUCUAUAUAUAUAUAUAUAUAUAUAUAUAUA